AUGCCCAAUCCGACUUCCAGCACUCCCAUUACUCGCUCCCGGCGGAACAGGCAGGUCUCGGCCCUGACUGCGCACCAGGCGCAGCAUAAGCGCGAUCUCGAUCGCAAGACCCAGCGCGCUCUCCGCCAGCGGGUCAAGUCCCGGCUUCAGGAUCUAGAAGAUGACCUGGCUCGUGCAAAGGCCGAUUGCUCGGUCCGUGAGCGCAACUUGAUGAAGUCGGUCCAAUCAUUACGCGACGAGAACCGGAAAUUGAGGUCAUAUCUCGACAGUAUUGGUCAAUUCGCGCUCAAUUGGGCGGCCGAGGGGGGCAAUGGUGAUGACGACGAUAAUGGCGCGGCAGUCGAUGAAGCUGAAAGCCCGAUCGCGGAUCUUAGGAUUAGCGAGGAGGCCCCUGCACGGACCGACGAAGAGCCCAGACCGGUCUACGAUGGGACCCAACAGGAGGCGUCAGGCGAAGCAGCUAGGGCGAUUGAUACCCAUGAUUACACGCAUCCUGACCCGGCACAAGAUGUGACAACAACAUUCGCGGGCUCUACAAGCAUGCCCCUGGGUCAAAUGCAUGUCUCGUCUACUGGGACGUCGACAGCGUUGGGCCAGAGUGGAGGCACGCAACAUUCAGAUCCGAUCCCACCGCCAGACGAGCAUAUGCAGCAGGUCUCUCAAAGCCUGCCACAGCCUAUAAUGACCCCGCCUAACAGUACCAUCAGACCGGUUUGGCCAUCGCUCAACUUAACGCUCUACCAACCACAAUUUGGCGCGACCAUUUCCUCUGUCUUACCAAAGCACACAUCCGCGACAUGUCCAUUGGAUCAGAUCCUGCUCGAUUUCAUCGACUCACGGCGCUCCAUGCUAGCCAAGGGGUAUGAUAUCGAGACCGUCUUGGGUCCGUUGCAGCCCUCCUUACAAGCCAUCCUACAUCCGGGACCCUAUACUCCAGAAUCUCAUCCUGCAAGCAGGGUGUUGGGAGAAGUACUCACCACGUUCCCCCAUGUUGGGAUUCCGCAGAAGCUAGGCUUUAUGUUCAUAAUGUAUCGCACCAUGCGAUGGCAAAUAUCACCUACAGAUAUCAACUACGAAGGGAUGCCUCGUUGGCUACGGCCAACUGCAACCCAGAUCACCGUUCCACACCCCGCCUGGAUUGACAAUAUUCCCUGGCCCCGUGUUCGCGACCUGCUCAUAGAGCAGCCUGAUAAAUAUCCGUUCGCUGUCUUCUCUGAGCUGUACUCACAGAACGUCACUGUUAACUGGCCAUACGAUGACAUGGAUGCAGUUUCCACCCACGCUGAUAAUGUGCAACUAAAUCAAAUCUUCGAAAAGCACGUCCGGAAACUCUCAAACUGGACGGUGCUGGCCCCUUUCCAAGACUACUUGCCGGAGAUGAUACCGGCCAUCUACGGCAAAGACUGA